GUAUCAUCUUCUCUGAUUAUCUGAUGCUUUCUUCUAAUGAGGGGAAACCGUCUAAUGGCAGAGGAGAAGUGAACGUUUUUCAAAUUCAUUCAGUAAAUCACAUUUAAUCUGAUAAAGAAUGUUGAGGUCAUUGGAAUUGUUGCAAAAUGGGAUCAUCAGCUCUAGGUCUUUUCAGUAUGCAAUAACGACUGAUCGUUUGUUUGAUUUGGAAUUGAGCAAUCACUGCAAACUACAGGAGCAAUAUUCUGGUGGCAUUAACUGUUUGGAUAUAGAUAGAGUAGAAGAACGAUUUUUGCUUUCCGGUUCCAAAGAUGGCUCUGUUUGCAUUCAUGAUUUACAAAAUGAUACAGGCAGAUUUUGCCAUACUUCCAACAUUGUUUGCCGUGUUCGGAGGCAAUCAAGAUAUGCUCACAAAUAUAGUGUGGAGACAGUUCAAUGGCAUCCUUUUGAUACUGGCUUAUUCACUUCCAGUGGUAUGGAUUGUGUGCUCAAAAUCUGGGAUACUAACAGCUUGAAGCCUGCUGACAAAAUCCAUCUUGGUCAUAAAAUAUUCAGUCACAAUGUCUCUUUCAUUGCUACACAUUCUCUGAUUGCUGCUGCAAUGCAUCAUCCUCAUGUUCUUUUAAUUGAUCCCAUAUCUGGUGCAAAAUCUCAUGAACUUCGUGCUCAUCGAGGACAUGUCACUUGUGUCCGAUGGUCACCUCUUGCAGAACACCUGCUUGCAACUGGGGGUACUGAUAAUAAAAUAUUCCUUUGGGACAUUAGAUCUGCUAAAGGCCACUUAAGUACUUUUGACCAACACAAUGGUGUCAAAGUUAGCGGCAAAAAGGAUGUUGUUACUGCUCACAAUGGUAUUGUCAACUGCAUAAGAUUCACAGAUGAUGGCUUGUACAUGAUGUCAUACGGAACUGACAGCCGCAUAAGACUGUGGGACGUUGCAACAUGCUGCAAUACUUACGUGAAUUUUGGUUUGGUUGCCAAUAAUCAUGAGUUUCGCCAACGUGGUGUUGCCAUAUCUUGUGACUCAAAUCCUCCUACAGUUUUUGUUCCAUCUUCAAACUAUAUAUAUGCUUAUGAUUUAUUUACCGGUUUAAAACUGAGAGCUUUGGUUGGACACUACAGUUUUGUAAACAGCUGUGCAUACCGCUCUACUACACAUCAGCUUUAUACCGCAGGAAGUGAUAUGAAUAUCCUUCUGUGGACACCGGAUGUUGAAAGAGAAUUACUCGAAGAUUCAGCAUUGGGCAGGCCCAUUGAUCGUCAAAGAAGUUCCCCCAUUCAUUCUGAUAAUUGGUCAGAUGAUGACUGAUCUUAUUUUUCAAGUGCAUGUUUUGUAAACUAUUUCAUAUAUUAUGAACUUUUCUAAUUUAUUAUGUACAUUGAAAUUGCUGAUGAACAGAUUUAUUUAUUGGCUUGGUUCUAUUAAGUUUAAUGUUUAGUGCACUAUAGCAUUCUAAGGCUGUAGUGCACCAAAAAAUUGUUAUUUAUUUGUUGAUUCAUAGUACAUUAUCAUUAUUUAUGUCACAUGUACUGCUGCAUUUUUCUUUUGUUUCUGAGUUAUAAAUCAACAGUGAAAUCAAUUUUGACAUUUGUAUAACCUGAAUGUAAACACACACACACACACCUAUAUAUAUAUAUAUAUAUAUAUUAAAGGGGGAAAUGUGAAAGAAAUAACCUCAAAUAAGAAGAUUUAAAAAAAUUGAAGUUAAAAUCAACUCAAAAAGACUUUGAAGUGCUCAAAAUUUGAUUUAGGAAUGGAAAAGAAAUUCUACGUACUAAAUCUUCAAGUAAAACUUUAAAAAAAUUUUUGGGCUUGGAAAAAAUACUCAUGAACAAUGCAUUUCCUAAAAAAAUGAAUUCAGAUUGUUGAAUUUACAGGAAUAUAAACAAAUUUAUACCUUUUGUUUUGUUUUUUUAUGGCACAUGAAUUGAUGAUUAAAAGAUGUAAUUAUUUGAUGAAAGCUUGUAAACUUGUACAUUCAAAAAAAUGUAAAAAGGGAUUUAUUGAACUCAUUAAAUAUUUAUAUAUUUAUUUACUAAACUAAAAUUACUAUUUGUCAACAGGAAAAUUAUGCAACCUUACUUAGAAUCUGAAUUGUAUAAAAAUGUUCCCUGCCCUUCCCCCCUCCGCCCCUUUUUUCCCCAAAAAUACGUUAAUAAAAAGGAGAUAUAUAGCUAUGCUGCAAAACUCAAAAGUUGUCUAUUUUAAUAUUGAACACUAGUGGUACCCGCACGGCUUUGCCCGCAAUAGGAAAUUGAAAAGGUCUUUUGGUUCGCCUGUAUAUUUACAAAUAAUGUAUGGUGAAUUUUCUCACCAAUUGGCUUGUACCCAUGUUACGGUUCCACGUUAUGAUAAUUUCGUGUCUCGCCAAUUGGCUUGUGCCCAUGUUACAGUUCCACGUUAUGAUAAUUUCGUAAUUUACUCGUCCAUCUUAUGAUAAUUUUUUUCUUAAAAUUUGAAUAGAAAGCGAACCACAUCGAAUUUUCGAAAAAUCGCUUUGAGGUGCAUACCCCCAUGCUACAAACUAACUUUGUGCCAAAUUUCAUGAAAAUUGGCCGAACGGUCUAGGCGCUAUGUGCGUCACAGAGAUCCUAACAGACAGACAGAGAGACUUUCAGUUUUAUUAUUAGUAAAGAUUUUAGCUGCUUUAACGUGGAAGUUGUUAAUAUUUUAAAAAUAAUUCAUGUUAAUAGGUAAUUGCCUAUUUCUGUAUUCAUAUGGUUCAUAUUAUGUACGUAGUGUAUUGUUAUAAAUAUUCUAAAAGUUUUGGAACCGAAAUGCUGUAAGCAGGAUAUGAUUAAUUUAAUAUAUUUCUCAUAGAGUUAAUAAUGUGCUUAUAUAGUCAUCUAUACAGUUUCCUCCUGAAAUAAUACAAUGAUACAUUUUCUUAUUUGAUUACUAUUUACAGCAGAGACACGUGAAAAAUGUCUAUUUAUGAGGAAUAAUGAACAGUAUAAAUUGCAAAUUAUAAGGAUCUGCUAAUGUACCGUCUUUAUGUUCAUUUCAGUAUCAAAUUUAAAAUUUCAAAUGGUAACCCCUUUUUUUUUAUAACAGAUUUGUAAUCAGCAUUGAAAUUAAAAAUGUCUAACAAAUUUUCUCGUAAUUUGAUUUCCCUGUGAAAAUUCUCCUCAUAAUGUUAAGAUGUUUCUUGUUUUAUUUGUUUAUGAUAUUUAACUUAUAAUGCUCACGGUACUGUUGACUUUUCAAAUGAAGUUAUGAACCAACUCCUCGGUUUAAAAAUAUCAAUUUGAUUUUUUGAGCAAAAUUUCUGUCCAAUCCGAGCGAUGCUUUAUUGAGAUCCAUUGGAUUUUUUUACCUCACACUUUUGCGUACCAAAUGAUAAUUGCUAAUUGGAGUCUGAUUUUGUAGUGCUCUACAAUUUGUGUUCGUAGUUCGAGUAAACUACUAGUUUAAUUAAAAAAACAGUGCUUUCUUAAAAACCCAACUUUUUCUAUUUGACAUAAAAUUUGUGUUUUUAGAAGAAUAAAGUCAAUGGUGCUUGGCUCCUUACAAUCCUGAAAUCCUGCAGAAUUGGAAGUCCUUUAUUUGAGUCUUGACACUUGGAAGUCAAUAAAUUUAAAUGAAGAACAAAUUCUUUAACCUUAUAAAAAUCAUUGAAAACUUCACAUUGUAUUAAACUUAUAAUGGAUGAAUAACAUCUGAAACAUUGCAGUCACCACAUAUACCGUACUUAAAAAAGAAAAACAAAAAGAAAAUUUAAUUCUUAGCAGGAAAAUAAAAUAAGGUGAACAUUAGUUAAACUGAGUGGUCUUUAAAUUAUACUCCCUAUACUCUGGGGUUUCGUGGCACAUAGGUGCCAGGACUUGAUUCCCUCCUAGAAAAGCGACUGAACAUUUAUCCGGGGCCGUGUGGCAGGUAAGUUAAUAUUAAGGUUUUAGGGUAGAAUUAAUACAAUUGAUCAAAUUCAUAAAAUACAAUAUGAAAUAUCUUUGAAUAUUCAACUGUAAAUUUCUGCAUUUCAAGGAAUCUGCAGUUGAACAGGUCUAUGUUAUAGAAGGUGUAAAAUCUAUUUCUGCCACUGUCAUGUAAGAGUAAUUUUGAUGGCAAACGGUCAUGAAAUAACAGUUGUUAUCCUGCAUUCGCUUUCUAAGUGAUCUGGAAGAGAGCAUAUCCCCCUUUAUCUUCAAUGUUGUGUUACUUAUAGUUUAAUGUUUGUUAUACACUGCUCACUUUGAAGUCUUAAAAGUCAUAAACAUUGGUAUGAACACCAUCCUUUUCGUAUUACAACUGCAUUCAGUGCUUUGUUCCCUCAA